GGGAGGCUUCGUGAAAUGAAGACUGUUAUAGCAACAAAGGACUUUUUCCCAGAAGUCAUGGCAGUGCUGCUGUUGUUGGCUCUGGUGUGCCCAACCAUGGCCUCUUCUACACCGUUGUCAGCAGUGGAAUCAUGCGGACCAGAGGCAGCAGCUCUCAUGCGCAGCAUAAGGAAACUGGAGAAUAAACUAUUGAUUGGGGAUUGGCAGGUUGAGCACUUGCAGAUGCACAAAUACUUCCGGCCAGUUCAACCUGUGUUGGCAAAUACUAAACCUGAAUCUGACACAGCCCCUGGUGUAAACCACAACAGCAGUGGGACAUUAGACAGCUCUGAUAUGACAUGGAUUAAACCACUUCCACCAGCAGGCAAUUUGAUUGUCUAUGACAAAGACUGCUCUGAGCUGUUUGACAGACUGAGACCACCAAGCGGAUUCUACCGCAUCAGACCCAAAUUACACCAGGAACCUUUUUUGGCUUACUGUGACAUGGAGGAUGGAGGAGGGUGGACUGUGUUUCAGAGACGUCGGCAUGGAAAAGUUGACUUCAACAGAGACUGGGUAGACUACAAAGAUGGCUUUGGAGACUUCAAACUGUGGAAUGAUGAGUUUUGGUUGGGGAAUGAGCGCAUGUAUUCGCUACUCUCAGAGGGUAAGAACCUGGUGAAGAUUGAUCUAAUGGACUGGGAUGGACAGAAAAGUUACGCAUUUUAUGAGAACUUCAAGAUCACCGAUGAGGCCGAUAAGUAUCGUCUCCAGUAUGGAGUGUAUAGCGGUAAAGCUGGAGAUGCUCUUACUAGUGGUGGGGGGAUGGUGGAGCAGUGGUCUGCUUGCCUCAGCGGCAUGCAGUUCAGCACCAGAGAUCAGGACAAUGACCGCUACCUUCAGGGCCACUGUGCUGAGGAGAAUAGUGCAGGUUGGUGGUUCAACAGAUGUCAUGCUGCAAACUUAAAUGGGAAGUUCUACCGCAGAGGGAAGUACAAGGGCCCGAAUGACAAUGGUGUGGUGUGGGGGACCUGGAGAGGCCUUUGGUAUUCCCUCAGACACACCACCAUGAAGGUGCGGCCUCUGGUUUUCUUGGAUGUCACAGGCAGUGGAGCAGGGGAAAUGUAA